CGCGCACACUAUAGCGCAGUGCCGGUAGAGCGCUCUGGCAGAUUCCAGCGUUAGUUUCACGUGGAGCACCGAGCGAAAGAGCCACGAGUUUCUUCCCCGUUACCGCUUCCAGUUAGUUGCUUUUCUGAGUGAAAGCAAUCGGAUUUGGACGAUGUGAACGACUGCACAGUGCUCGGAAGUUGUGUCGCGUGCGCGCACGUAUGGACAUCGCACAGGUCACGCAUGUGAUGUGUGUCAGUUAGGACAGUGUCUAAGGGGCAAGAAGUGGACACUGCCCAUAGUGGACACUGCCGAGGCGGGACCCUGUAGAUGUCAUCCUCUACAUCAGAUUUGUCCUCAGAAUAUGCCCAGGCAUCACCAUGAAUUUGACACUGAGCUCCAAGCCUGGAUUCUUCCUCACCAACAGUUCUCCUGGAAUGAGAGAUUAUCCCGAUAUCGCUGUCAUUCCUGAAGACUUCUGGCCAGAGGGGGACAGCCAUCAGUCCAAUGUCUCUCUCCUCUCACGGAGCACUGAUUUGACUAGCUUCGCAAACGCCACACUUACACCCACUGUGGCGUACGAUCCCCUCGGUGGACACUCCGUCUGGCAAGUCAUCAUUAUUGUACUACUAACAGGGUCAUUGUCCCUCAUCACAAUCACUGGAAAUGUCUUGGUGGUCGUGUCGUUUAAAGUUAACAAACAACUGAAGACAGUGAAUAACUAUUAUCUGCUCAGCCUGGCAUUUGCUGACCUCAUUAUUGGCAUAUUGUCAAUGAAUCUUUACACGACAUACAUUGUCAUGGGCAGGUGGGCACUUGGCAACUGGGCAUGUGACUUAUGGCUGGCUAUUGAUUAUGUGGCUAGCAAUGCCUCUGUCAUGAACUUGCUGGUAAUCAGCUUUGACAGGUACUUCUCAGUAACAAGGCCACUUACAUAUCGGGCCAAACGGACCACUAAAAGAGCAAUGACCAUGAUUGGCCUUGCCUGGUUUAUAUCCUUCGUGCUCUGGGCGCCUGCCAUCCUGUUUUGGCAGUAUUUUGUGGGGAAACGUACAGUUCCUCCAGGAGAGUGCUACAUCCAGUUUCUCUCUGAGCCUAUUAUCACAUUCUGCACUGCAAUUGCAGCUUUUUACCUGCCUGUGACCAUCAUGACAGUCCUAUACUGGCGGAUCUAUAAAGAGACAGAGAACCGAUCCAAAGACCUGGCAGGCCUGAAGGGCUCAGGCAACCAGGUCAAGCAAAGCAGUGAAGAGGAAUCUGCUGCAAUGAUGCCCUCAAGAGACAGCUCUUAUAGUUGUGCCAACUACAGCCUCAACCAGCCUGGUGAAAAGGAGUCUGAGAAAAAGUUAGGUAACAGUUGCCGUUUCUGGCUUCUUGGUCGCAGUGGUCAAAAAGGUUUCAGCACUGGCGAUCAAGAGCACAGCAGCAGCGAUAGCUGGAAUAACAACGAUGGUGGAGCGUCAAUUGACCAGUCCGAUGAAGAGGAACCAGAUGAAGAAGGUGCUAAUGCAAGGGCCGUUUAUUCCAUAGGGGUAGACAUGCCCGAAUUGUUGACAGAUGCCAACUCUGAGACAUCUAAGCAGGAACAGCUAAAGCCGGAACACAUUGCUGCAGAAAAACCUUCUAGAAAAGGCUUGUCCAAAACCCCAACUCCGUCGUUGCCCACUAUGGACAACUCUAAGCCGUGUGGGAGCUCUUCAGCCACAAAAUCACCAUCAAUACCUCAAACCUUUAAGGAUGACACAAUGGCAAAAGAUUUAGUCUCCAAGACCAAGACACAAGCCAAUAAACGCAAGAAGGUAUCGCUCGUCAAAGAGAAAAAAGCAGCACAGACAUUAAGUGCCAUCCUCCUUGCCUUCAUCAUCACCUGGACUCCAUAUAACAUCAUGGUCCUUGUAAAUACAUUUUGUGAUGACUGUAUCCCUGUGGGAUUAUGGGCUCUGGGAUACUGGCUGUGCUAUGUAAAUAGUACAGUGAACCCUAUGUGCUAUGCACUGUGUAACAAAAACUUCCGCAUCACCUUCAAAAUGAUCCUGCUGUGCCAGUGGGACAGGCAGAAACAAAAUAAGCCUCACCUUCAACAGAAGCCAGCGGUGGUGGCCUACAAGAAGAAGUAACUAAUGUAAAGAUAAAAAUGAGACAUCAAACUUAAGAGCAUAGACUGUUAUGAUCUCCCGAGGGGAACCGUCAUUGUUGCCAGUGUCUAGAGUUGCAGCACACAAGCUUACAGACUAUUGCAAAAUGUUCCUCACAGGGUUCUUUACUUCUCAAAGUGGUUGUAUUUGAAACCCAAUGAAGACCGACGCUUCUCAACCACAAUCAUUCUAUUGUGUGGCUCAACAAAGAACCUUUAAGGUUCCCUUAAAGGGGCAAAAUAAAGAACCCUUAAGGGUCCUAUAUUUCACUUUGUUUUCUCUGCGUACCGCCUUUGUGGUUUGUCAAACAGGCUGUUGAAUUUGUAAAUGUAAAAGUCAGCUGGUAGCAAAGAGGUUUUCUCAAGAAGUAUAAAGUGGUCCUACAGGACCCAGGGCAGGAAGUGAUUAAUGGUUAAGGGUGUUCACACUACAGGGACAAACCAGAAAACAUUUUUAGGAUACUAGAUCAAAACUUUUCUUUUUUUCUUUUUGUAGAAUGAAUGUGAUCUAUUAGUGCCUCUAUUCUAUUUAUGCGUUGAAGGUCAUACGUACAGAUUGUCGUGUAACGAAGCGUGGAAGUUGAGGACGUUUUCAAUCAGGCAGACAAAUCCAAAUCUUAAUUCCAAAUCAGAAACGAAAAUGAAACGUGCGUCAAGCGAUCAGCAAACAACAUAAAGUAAAGAAGUGGUGGAUGGAGUACUCAAACCGUGUACUUGAGUUAAAGUAGAGAUAUAGUACACUAGGUAAAAUAUUUCUUCAGUAAAAGUGCUCCAUUAUUUAAGUACCUACAGUAAAAACUUUCUUUCGGCUUCUCCCAUUAGGAGUCGCCACAGCGGAUCAUCUGCAUGUUUGAUUUGGCACAUGUUUUUACGCUGGAUGCUCUUCCUAACGCAACCCUCCCCAUUUAUCCGGGCUUGGGACCGGCACUUAGAGUGAGUUGGUUCCCUUACCGGGGAUCGAACCCGGCCCGCAGCGGUGAGAGCGCCGCAUCCUAACCACUAGACCACCAGGGACCAUUAUUUAAGUACCUACAGUGCUGUGAUUUAUUAUGGCUAUUAUGUCCUAUCAUUUAGGUCACAAGACUCUUGCUUAAUUAACUCAGUUUAUGUAAAAAGACUCUUAGCACAUUAUUCUAUUAAUAGAAUCAUAUUAAUAAGUCAA